GGAGGCAUUCUGCAAGAACCCUGGAGGGGUUGUUUUGACCCAGACACAGACCCCCACAGGCUCAGUUGGGGCUCUACAGUGUCAUGCCCUGGAGCCCCAGGGCUGCCCCAAGCUGGGCGCUGCUGCUGCGGCUGCUCGUGUUGCUGUGGCCCCCAGGUCUGGGGGAGUCAUGCAGCUGCGCCCCUGCGCACCCCCAGCAGCACAUCUGCCAUUCAGCACUUGUGAUUCGGGCCAAAAUCUCCAGUGAGAAGGUAGUUCCUGCCAGUGCAGACCCUGCCAACACUCAAAAAAUGAUGCGGUAUGAAAUCAAACAGAUAAAGAUGUUUAAAGGGUUUGAGAAAGUCAAGGAUGUUCAAUAUAUCUAUACACCAUUUGACUCCUCUCUCUGUGGUGUGAAACUUGAAGCCGGCAGCCAGAAGCAGUAUCUUUUGACUGGCCAGAUCCUCGGUGAUGGAAAAGUCUUCAUCCAUCUGUGCAACUACAUUGAGCCCUGGGAGGAUCUAUCCUUGGUGCAGAGGGAAAGUCUGAAUCAUCACUACCACCUGAACUGUGGCUGCCAAAUCACAACCUGCUAUACAGUGCCCUGUGCCAUCUCAGCCCCAAACGAGUGCCUCUGGACAGACUGGCUGUUGGAACGGAAGCUCUAUGGGUACCAGGCUCAGCAUUAUGUCUGCAUGAAGCAUGCUGAUGGCACCUGCAGCUGGUACCAGGGUCAUUUGCACCUCAAGAAGGAGUUUGUUGACAUCGUCCAGCCCUACUAGGGACCAGGGGCCACCACAUCCUUUCAAGAGUCCUAAAGAGCAAGCCAGUUCUCCUUCCCCAUGGAGCUCUGACCAUCACAAUCUGCCCUGUUGCUGCCAGACAAUGGAAAGAGACAACUGGAUGGCCUGGCCAGCAUCAUGGCAAGGAUGGGGCAUGUCACAGUUUGUGCCCAAGUCUCUAGCCCACAACUUUCCAUGGGCUGGGGAAGGUAGUGUGACUUUUCUGACCUGUCCUCAGCCCUUUCCUCUGCCUCCCAAACUCCAUUACGCUAGCUUAUACCUGUUACUAAAAGUUUUUAUUCUAGCUUAGUUUGGUGUUCAAAGCCAGGACUAUCCCCUUUCUCUCCAGGAAGAUGUGUUUUCCUUUUCCUUAACUGCUCUUAUAGGGGAGAAAUGGUGAAGUUAUACACAUGAGACGGUUUAGCUUUGUGAUAUAUAAUAACGGACAGUGGGCUGCCAGUAUUACAAACAGGAUGAUUGGCAGGAAUGAAAUGAACAAUAUACUACGACUGUGUAUCUUCUAUCCCUCCUGUCUCAAUUCAUCCUAAUUCUCUGAUACAUUUCCAUCCGCUUGGGGGAGGGCACGGCAAUUCUAAUUACUCAGUGUCAGAGCAGGAGCAGCUAACCUGUCUCUAUAUACUGCAGUCCUCCUGACACUCUUCCUGGCAGAAGAUCUGGCCCAGUUAGUACACCUCUUUGGACAAGAGCAGACUUACUUUCUAAAUAUAGGUAUUUUCCCUCCAGGUUAAAUAUCCUUAUCUUUAACUGAUGACAACAGGACUCCUUUUCUGCCUCUUUUAGGUUACUAAUGUCUCCAUUCCUACUUCAGAACUUAUUUUUUUAAAGCCAAAAAAGUUUUUGUCUUAUAGAGUUGAAAUCUCCCUUUUAUCAGCUUGACACCUCAGAAAUGGACUUUUCCUGAGAGCAAAUUUUAGGAUAGAGGACAGGCGAGAAAUAACACAAGGACCCUUUGGAGACAGUAUGUUAGAGGAAGAAUAACUUUGUACUUGCUGUAGUUUCUCUGUGCCACACCUUCCACCCUCUACAGUGGUCAACCCUGCUAGAUAUUAAAGUAGGAAAAAGCCAACUUUGAUCUCUCAGCUCAGUCACCUCACCACUGUGUCUUGGACUCCCUUAGAGUUCCAGUUAUAGUCCCCUUAGGGGUCCUUGGCCUCUGAAAGCCUUCCUGGCAUACUCUGAAAGGGAAAGCCCUGAUAUUGGCCUCUAGGAUUUUUUUUUAAAGACAAGGGCUUAAAAUUCCAGAUUCUCUUUCUGGGGGAAUCUCUGGAAAGAUGAUGAAGAUAGUUCUUUUUAAGGUCAAGGUGGUUUUUCAUCCUCUAUGUGUGCUCUGCUGGUGAGAAAGGCCAUGUACAAUGUGCAAAAAGAAGGCUCUGGAUUCAGAGAAAUGUCAUACAC